CAGUUUUUUCUUCAGCCUUAUUCCAGUUAAAUCGAAAAUUUUAUUGGCAACUCUGAUCGUAGGCUUGGUUUAUACGUCGUCAUUAGUCGCUAGAAGCGAUUUUUUUUCCAUCGGUGGCUUCAAAUCCGAAUUAGUUGAUUGGCGUGCGAUAAUAUAUAUAGUAUAUUUAAGCGUUCCAAGAAAGCAUUUCAUGUGUUGUGUUCAUCAGUUCGCAGUUUGCUUGCAGGGCCGGAUUUAGACGGUGGGGGGCCCGGGGCAAAUUUAUUUGUGAGGCCCUCUUUUCUUAAAACAUUUAGAGUUAUCUUUGAAGGACUUUCACUAUUAAAAAAAAUAUCCACAAGAUGCCCAUCGACACCAUGGAACUGAUGGAGGCAGUAGGAGCUCUGAUGGAUAACGAAAACGUACGGGUCACUGUAAAAAGUAGUGCUAAAGGUGCUGCCAUCUGUGCCGCUUCCUGUUUUAUUGGUGGCCUCCUGGGCGGUUCCAAAGGUCUGGCAUUGGGAGGAACGAUUGGUGCUGUCAGUGCUGCUAUUAUGAGUAGAGGGCAAUUCCGUCCUGUUAGCGAAAUUAUUUUGCACGAAAUGAGUGAACGUGACCGAGAGCAACUCAAGGAUCGCGUAGUAUAUGCUGUGCGAGACUUCCAUCCUACCGAUAUGGGCGUGCUACUGUCGCUUCUUAUGGGUAAUAAGGAGGUCCAGAAGGCAGUACUCAAUACCGUAACGACGUUUAUAACAAACGAGAUGGAUAUGCAAAUUGUCGACUGAUACUGUAUUUACGGAUCAACACAUCAACUAGAGCAAUGGUAUGCACAGUAUUUGUUAACAAUGAAUAUUUGAAUAAUAAAAAGUUUAUAAAAAUGUUGGACUGAUGGUUGGA